AUGGCAUUGCAGGUGGGUAAGAUCGGCAGCCCAGGGAGCUCGCAGAUGCUGGAGAAGGAAGGGAGGUUACAGCCCUCUGGGUCUCUGUCCCCUGGGUUUUGUCUUCAGUUUGAAGCCUUCUGUGCAGGGGGCCUGGCCCCUGGCUGGAGCCUGACUGUACAGGGACAUGCAGAUGCCGGAGAAGACAAGUUUGAGAUCAACUUCCUAACAGACGCGGGAGACAUCGCCUUCCAUGUUAAACCUCGAUUCUCCAGCGCCACAGUGGUGGGCAAUGCCUUCCAAGGAGGGCGAUGGGGGCAGGAGGAGGUGUCCAGCGUGUUCCCGCUGACCCUGGGGGAGCCCUUUGAGAUGGAGGUGAGUGCAGACGCAGAACACUUCCACAUUUACGCCCAGGAACAAAAAGUGCUCCAGUUCCCACAUCGGCACCGACCGCUGGCCACCAUCACCAGAGUGCGAGUGCUCAGUGACCAUCGGCUGGCCCAGGUGGAGCUGGCCAAGCGGAGCCUGAGCUGGGGCUGUUUCCCACCCUCACCCCCAGUUGUCCACAUCUGGUCAGAGCCAGCAGAGCUAAAACCGGAACCUUGGAUUCUUGCAGGGAUGGGGGCUACUGAGCAGACCGACCACACGGCCUACAAGAGUCAGCCUUGGCCCUUCUGUAUCCCCUGCCACCUGGAGCCACGCACUACGCACUAG